AUGAAGGAUUCUAUCAAAGAUUUGGAUGAUACAAUUGAUUCAAAAAAUAACGCGUCUGAAUUAGCAACAAAUGAUACUUCAACAGAUAAAAAAUCAUUAUCAAAAUCAUCUACUGGUAAACGUAAAUAUCAUCAAAAAUCAAGAUAUGGUUGUUCAACUUGUAAAAGAAGAAGAGUCAAAUGUGAUGAACAAAAACCUUUAUGUGGAAAUUGUGUUAAAUUGAAAUUAGAAUGUGGUUAUAUCAAAGAUGAUGAAGAAGAGCAACAACAACAACAACCAAAAAAACAGAAAACCGAAUCAUCCAAGACAUCAGAGGAGAAAAUUAAAAAACCAAAAGUUCAAAGGAAACUGAAAAAACUGGAGAAAUCAAAUGCAAACUCAAUUCCAUCAUCAAGAAGUAAUAGUAUUGAUAACAGUAUAAAUGAAUUGGAGUCAAUACAACUACAACAACAACAGCAACAACAACAAGCUACCCCAUCUCUAACUCCAAGUCCAAGUGUACCUCAACAAGCAAAUAAUCUUAAUAAUUUAGCUCAAUUGUUUGCAAAUCCUUUAAAUGCAUUAUCAUCAGGUUUAUUAAGUGCUGGAAAUUUAAAUAAUUUGAAUGUUGCUCAUUUAGUCAAUAAUUUAUCAAGUUUAGGAGAUAUUGGAGCCAAUUUGGGUAAUCUAAUAAAUCUUGGAAAUUUGGCAAGUUUGUCGAAUUUAGCUACUUUAGCUCAAUUACCAAUUGAUUUAAGUAAUAUAAAUGGAUUAGGAAAUACCAAUGGAGGAGCAACUGGUGGUUUAAUGGAUCAAAUAUCCGCAACUUUAUUAAGUGGGAAUGUUAAUGCCGAGGCUUUAUUGAAUAAUCAACCACCAUUGCCACAGCAACAACAAUCAAGGCAUCAGAAUAAUAUUAUAAACGAAGCUAUUGAUCCAUCAUUAAAUUUUCAAAAUGCUGGUUCUUCUAGUUCACCUCAAUUCACAAUACCUGAUUCUACAACUUCACCAAAUAUUCAUCAGAAUCAAGAACAACAGGCAACAAAUUCAUUACCACAAAUUUCACCAAAUCUGUCACUGUCGAUACCGUCUUCAUUACCCAUGAAUAAUAAAACAUUGGCACAGAGUAUGAAUUCAAGUAGUUUAAAUAUGUUAGAUUUAAAAUUAAUGUUUCAUUAUACUUCACAAGUUGCAAAUACAAUAACAGGUGCUGGGAUUUCAGAGACAAAUAUAUGGAUUCAUGAUAUACCUAUGUUAGCUUUUGAACAUCCAUUUUUAAUGCAUUCAAUUUUAGCAUUUAGUGCAACGCAUUUGUCAAGAACCGAAAAGGGAUUGGAUCAAUGUGUUACUUGUCAUAGAGGUGAUGCAUUGAGAUUAUUAAGAGAAGCUGUAUUAAAUAUCAAUGCUGAUAAUACAGACGCAUUAGUUGCAAGUGCUUUAAUAUUAAUUAUGGAUUCAUUAGCAAAUGCAUCUUUUCCUUCAUCAACUUCACCAAAAUCUUUACCUGCAUCAGCUUGGAUUUUCCAUGUAAAAGGAGCGGCAACAAUAUUAACAGCUGUAUGGCCAUUAACAGAACAAUCAAGAUUUUAUAAAUUUAUAAGUGUUGAUUUAGGAGAUUUAGGAGAUAUAAUGAAUCAAAAAGUUAAUUUAAAUGGUGGGAAUGAAACAACUAAGAUAAACGGUAAUAAUAGAAAAUAUUUUACAGAUUUGGAAUGUCAUGAUUCAGAUAUAGCAGAUUUAUUCCCUGUAGAAAUUGAUUCACCAUAUCUUAUAACACUAGCAUAUUUAAAUAAAUUACAUAAAGAAAGAUAUAAAUCAGAUUUUAUAUUAAGAAUUUUUGCAUUUCCUGCAUUAUUAGAUAAACAAUUUAUGGGAUUAUUAAUGAGUGGUGAUAUUAAGUCAAUGAGAAUAAUGAGAUCAUAUUAUAAAUUAUUAAGAUCGUUUACAAUGGAAAUGAAAGAUAAAGUAUGGUUUUUAGAAGGUGUAGCACAAGUAUUACCUUCAAAUGUUGAAGAAUAUGCUGGAGGAGCUGGAGGUAUGCAUAUGAUGAUGGAUUUUUUGGGUGGAGGACCUGAAAUUAUUGAUGAUUAUGGUGAUGAAUUUGAAAUUGAUGUAAAUGUUGAUAUAACACCAUCAGCAUCAAUAGCAAGAGUUAAUGGUACACAAACCAAUGAUGAUGAUUUUGCAAGUACAAGUAAUAAUAAUGUAAACAUAAAUGAUAGUAACAAUAAUGAUAAUAAUACAAAUAAUAAUAAUAAUGAUUUAACGAAUAUGGUAUUUAAUAUAUAA